UGCAUGCAUCGUAACAAUUAAGCUCGAUCGAUCUAUCAAUUCAACUCCCUUCAUCAUAUAUAUAUACAGUGACAUUAUAUAUAUAUACAUAUAUAUAUUUAAGAAAAAGUAAAAAGAUGCCUUGCUUAGAUAUAUCAACCAAUGUGAAGCUUGAAGACGUAGACGUGGAAUCCUUUUCCCGGGAAGCCACCACCGCCGUCGCCACCAUCAUCGGAAAACCCGAACAGUUUGUGAUGAUCAUCCUGAAAGGAUCUGCAAACAUAACCUUUGGAGGCAGCAAAGAGGCAGCAGCUCUGGCAGAGAUUGUGUCCAUGGGAGGCAUCACCACUCAAGUUAAGAGGGAGCUCAUCUCUACCAUUGGCACAAUUCUGGAGAACAAACUCUCCAUUCCCAGAGCUCGCUUCGUCCUCAAGGUCUACGAUACCACACUGGCAAAAAGAUUGUCCAAAAUGUAGUCAAAAGUCAUUUGAUCUGUGUUCAACAAGCAUAAUAAGGUCUUAGUUUGAUGAUUGUAAUGUUGUACCCUUGAUGCAGUAAAAUGAAUAUGCAUUGGCUUGGCUAUU